ACACCCAACUUGUUGAAAUGAAAAGUCAGUUCAAUGACAUGUAGACCGUAUACAAAAACAAGAAAAUGUAAAUAAAAGACGGCUGGGAAAAUUGUAAGAGAAAUCCGGAUAACACUUAAAAAAGGAAAAGUUCAAUAAAAUUAACAGAAGAAAGAUGGGUGAACCGCAGACAACAAUUACAGAUGAUAAAAAGCAUAGAAUACAAGGGGCCGCUUUUCUUGGUCUAGUUGGUGGCAUAUCGGCAUUAUUUGGGUUUUCUAGGACACUUGGAAAGGCGAAAAAAUCGGAAUCGAAACUCCUGGAGAAAGGUGGGACAAAAACGUUGGUUUUACUGGACGAAGGGUCAGCUUUAGCUAUGCGUGCACUUGGUUGGGGUACUUUAUACGCGGUCUUGGGUACGGGAGCAUUCUGCUUUGGUGUUUGGAAGCUGUCAGGAGCUAAAAAUAUGGAAGAAUUUCGCAUGAAAAUGGGAAGUGCUUUACCAAAGAUAACUAGUGACGAGCCGCCCAAAAGUCGUACUGACUUUGAAAGUUUGACUGAUUUAAUGAAAUAUUUAGCUGCCUGGGGCAAAGAAUAACAGAAAUAUAAAAAACAAUGCUAAUAAUUAGUUUUAAUAGUUUACUAGUUUUAUAAAAUUAUAUACUGACACGUAUGUAUGUAUAACUAAGUAUAUUUUUAAAAAAAAAUUGUUUGUUG